UGUCUCGACUCCCACGCCCAAAGAAGACUGCUUCCAUCCCUAGGCCGUUACAAGCUGCCAACCUCUAUCUUGACCUCGCCUUCCACAUCAUCUCAACGACCGCCUUUAUUUCAUCGCUCAUUCUCUCACUUCUUCAUCUCCCCCAGCCUCACUACGCAAAAUAGCAAUGAUUCCUUUCCAGCCUCUGUCCUAGUCAUAACUUUGUCCGCCACCCCCCCGCGCACCAUGUCGGCCGAGCCAACUCUCGGUCUGGACUCAUCGGCUGGCCGUGACUUCGACAAUUGGCUUGACUGGAAUGGUUCCUUGAGCGCCUCUGAUGGCAAGGUCGCGUCAUUGGAACCAAACAAUAUAGAGCCAAGCAGCCUGCUCCAUCUCCCCAUUUCACCAUCCUCCACGACAAACGGCGACGCCCUCAAUUCCGCCGCCAAAUCCAGCUUCCUCACCGCUCCUCCUGCAGACAUCCUCACGCCUCAACACAGCUCGGGAUCUCCAGAUUCACGUUUCAGUUUCGACCUCAGACUCAGCGGCGAUACUCUACGCGAUCAGCCCUCCCCAAACGAACGGCCAAUGCUCAAGCGAAAAUUGUCCCCUACGGACAUUCCCACUGCCAAUUACCAGCCUGAUGUUCCCGUACCUGCCGCAAAGAAACGGCCCCACAAUGUCAUUGAGAAGAAAUAUAGAGCCAAUUUAAAUGCCAAAAUCGCAGAGUUGCGAGACAGCGUGCCCAGUCUCCGUGUUACGAAGAAGUCUACCGGCAAGGACGGGGAGAAUGUGGACAGCGACGACGAAGACUUGGAUGGCCUGGCUCCCAGUAACAAGCUCAACAAGGCUUCUGUUCUCACCAAAGCGGUCGAGUACAUUCGGCAUCUCGAGUUUCGCACAAAGCGGUUGGAGGAUGAGAACAAAUCCUUAAAGGAGCGUUUGGAAACGCUUGACAAGGUCAUUGCUCGUGGAGGCCAUGAUGCUCAGAGAGCUGUGGCCUUCACAAGCGACACAAUCAUCGAGGAGCGACCGGAAUCCGGACCCGCUACAACCGAGUGUGCAACAUCGAGCGACAGUCCCGCGCCCUCCAACCCUCCUCAAGGAUUGGUUCCGCUGCCAGAUGCCUGGCGCCGUAUGCGGCAGAAUCAAUCUCAGGAGCAUUAUGGACAUAUCUACCAGACCCCGGCGGAAAGAUCUCGCUUCAAGGGCAAAUGGCCUACGCGGAUUAUGCUUGGCUCCAUUGCCGGACUGAUGAUUAUGGAUGGAUUGAAUGAGCCUGACAAUGGUAAUGAAUCACGAGAGAAAGGGCUUUUUGGAAUUCCUUUGGAACUCCUCGACGGCUGGCAGUUUCUACGCUCGCCUCACGUUUAUCUGGCCGCCUUCACAAAUUUUUGUCGCACCGGUGGGGUGAUACCAUUAAUGAAGGGAUUUGUGGCUCUGACCUUCCUUGCAUUUGUGGUCUUUUCAUACCUCUUCAACUCCAAGCCUUCACCCAAAGAUGAUCUCGAAGAAAUGGGCACCGACUCGGCGCAAAUCCCCGCUCCAGCCUCCCCCAUCCAGGUUCGGCGGAGGGCGUGGAGUACCAGCAUGCAAGCUUUGAACCUCCCUCACCACAGCUUUUUCCCCGAGUGGCUAGCCAUCACCUCGGAGUGGCUCAAGUACAGCUUUGGCUACGUUUUCGGGCCUCGGGCUUAUGCCUGGCUGACAGGACGCACCGCAGAUGAUGACGCGGCCCGGAUCAAGGCGUGGGACAUUGCCAUUGACGCUCAAUUGGCUGGCGGAGACAUCGAAGUCAGUCGAAGCCGCGUUGUCUUGACCAUCUUUGGCUCUGGGACAUUGCCCUACACGCCCCUAAGAUUGAUGCUCAAGGCGUUGCACGUCCGGGUAUUAUUGUGGAGCGUGGGCUCACUCGGCACCGCAACUUCCAGGGUGGCUAACCAUGUUGGGAAGCUCUUUGCAAGGAGACAAUGGCGCAGGGCCAAGUCCACCCAAGAUGACCUCGCGGCACGGGACCCUGAUCGACUGCCGCGAUACCUCUCUGAGUUGUUGAACACUCCGUGUGACGAUGUCCUCAUCGACACGGUGUGCCAGAGAGCAUAUAAUCUGAUGUACGAUCGCCCGACGCAGGAGCAUUCUUCGAAUUCGCUCCUGGAUGUCGUUGUGGAGGAUCAUGCGGUUCGAUCACCGCUUGACGCGAUUGCUGCAUGGCGGUCCACUCAUUCUCUGACACAGGCGCUGCAACUGUCCUUGAGGUCUCCCGAGUCCACAGUGACUUUGCAGGGGCAUCUUGACUAUGCUUUGAAAGUCGCACCACCCGGAUCAGCGGCAGAGACCCGUGCGCUCGCGGCUAGCGCAGUGUUCUGCACUUCCGAGCGACUGGUGCUCCUUAAACGUGUCUCCAAUGCCGUCAAGACACUGUUUUGCCCAGGCACAUCAUUCAGUGAGCAUGCCCGACCCCCGUAUUUUAUCGAUUCGUCAACGCCAAUGUCGGCACGAGCAGACAUUGUGAAUUGUCUCCAUUGUGCAGAAACUCUCAAUGUCUUGGAACACGAGGGCGCAACCAAAGCUGCAGCCUUUUACGUCUCGCAACCUGUGGACGUCUCCACCGCGAACUUGCUUACUCGAUCUGUGACCAAGCACCUCCUUCGACAGCUCUCGAUCCAUGGAAUGCCAGUAGCCGCAGGCGGAGACGAGGUUCGGAACAUGCCAUAUGGGAACAGUUUCGAUACUGACGUAUUGGACCAAAGCAAUCCAAAAGUACCGAGACGAACGAGUGUGAUCAGUAAUGAUACAGGAUACGAAAGUCUGGACGAGUCCAUCUCCUCUUGGGGGUUUGAGGGUGACGUCGAUGCCAACGAGACAACAGCUCUGCAGAUAGAUGCUCAGAUGCUGGUGUAAUUUACUGGAUGAUUUUUGGUGUUUUGGCGUUGAUAGAAUUCCAUGUGGGUACUAGGUAUGCAUCUGCAUCUAGACAGGACACCUAGCGCACUUCGUUAUGAAGUAAUAAAGAGUGAACAUGAACGAUACUUGUA